AUGCCACGGGUAGGCGCGUUGAGGCUUGCCGCCUCCUCUGCGCCAACGCGGCCUGUGCCGCAGCUUGCGUUUGCUGCCAGACAAGAGGAGGAGCAGAGCCGUUUGGCGAUAGGGCCAGGCAAUCGCAUUCGCCCCGUGGGCGUUGCGGACUCGAGCAACACCCAGGUCGAGGUUGCUGCGCCUCUUGGCGCAGUGACGCAGCAUCGCACGCUUGUUGCGGGCGAUGGAGCAUCGACGGCAGCUGGAAUCCUGGCUCUUCCGGAUGCGGGUCCGGCGGCAUUUGCGGCGGGGUGCGGGCGCACCACCUCGAAACGAUCGUCCGCAACAAAAUAA